AUGCUUGAGAACUUACAAACAGAUCUAUUCUUAUUUUUAAGCGAUAAUUUCAUUCAAUUCCAGCUAAUUUUAAUAUUAUUAAUUUUAAUUUAUUAUUUAAUUAUAUUUCCAGUUACUUCACCGUUAUGGAAAAUUCCAGGGCCCUAUUUGCACAGAAUUUCAUUCUUACCAUCGUUAAAUAGUCAAAGAAGAGGAACAUGGAUUCAAAAAGUUUACAAUUUACAUCUAAAAUAUGGUAAUGUUGUUGUUUUAUCACCGAAUGAAAUUAGUUGUACUGGAGAUUUUAAAUAUGUUAAUGAUAUAUAUGUUAAAAAUAUGCCAAAAUCCGAUUUUUAUAAAGGGUUCACUAAUCAUGGAGGUAAGCAAAAUAUUUUUACAUGUUUAGAAGCUGAUCAACAUUUAAAAUUUAAGAAAAUGAUUUAUGGAUUAUACUUAAAAACUAGUGUAUUUUCAAAAGAAAGUAAAACUAGGAAAAUGUUAACUGAAUGUACUCAGAAAUUAAUGACAUCUGUAUAUAAAAGUUCAGUCUAUGGUGAACAACCUGAUUUAUUAAAUGUCAGAAAUGAUUUAAAUUUAAAUGGGAAGGGUCAUAGAAAUCCAAAUUGGUUUAAUAAAUCCAAGAAUAAAAAUAAUUUAGGUAUUGAUACUUAUACUUUAUUUGGUUCAUUAACUAUGGACGUGGUUUCUAGAUUUGAAUUAGGUUAUGAAAAUGGUACAAAUUUAAUUGAGAAUCCAAAUCAACGCAAUAUAUUGUUAAAUUUCAGACAAGUCUCAUCAAUGCAAUUUUACACUGCUUUAUUACCCCAAUAUUGGAAUUUAGCCGCAUCUAAAUUAAUUUUAAAAUCGGCUGAUGUGAUAUGUAAUUUUCAAAUAAACUUGUAUAAAAUGGCGGAAAAGAAUAAAAAUAAUACAGGUAAAACAACAUUGACUACAUUACACAGUUUUGGAUUUCAUAAUGAAGAUGCUUAUUCCUUUAUAACAGACCAAUUGUCAGCAGGACAUGAAACAACAGCCAUUAUAUUAACAUAUAUAUGUUAUGAAUUAUCAAGACCGGCAAAUGAAAAAAUUAGACUUCGUUUAUUACAAGAAUUAAAUGUUUAUUUUGGUAAAGCAAGUUCAGAUGAUGAUUUAAUUGAUGAUGUGGAUAUAAUAGAUAAUUUACCAUAUUUAAAUGCAAUAAUUGAAGAAAAUUUGAGAAUUCAUACUCCUAUACCAGGUGCAGAACCAAGAUUAACUGACAAACCUUAUUUAAUACCUGAAUUGAACACUUUAAUUCCAAAAGGAACUAUAAUAUCCUGUUUACCUUUUGCAUUACAUCGUACAAAAACAGUAUUUCCUAAUCACGAUAAAUUUAUACCUGAGAGAUGGUUAAAAUAUGAUUAUGAAUCACCAGAAGAAUUUCAAAAACGUUUAAUCAAUCAAAGAAGAUUUAUGAUGCCAUUUGGAAAAGGUAUUAGAAUGUGUUUAGGUAUGAAUUUAGCAUUAAUUGAAAUCAAAUUAGCCAUUGCCAAUUUAUAUUGGAAAUUUCACUCAAAAUUAGAUAUAGAUUGGUGUAAUGAAAUUAAAACUAACGAUAUGCCAAUUAAAUUAUCAAAUAAAUCAAAUAAUACUAAUGAUCAAGAAAUGAUGACAAUGUAUGAUAGUUACACAAUAAGACCAUUUAAUGAUGAAUGUUGGUUAAGAUGGUACAAGAAUUGA